GAUCUUUACAGAGCUGUGUAAAAGGAAUUGCCUGAACUGGAAGAAAGAAGAAACUAACCGGUUCUCUUUGUUGUACAAAGUAGUGUCUUGGAUGCUCCAGUCAGGCCCCAGACCGUGUCUUUUCGCAAACUAUACAAAGGUCUAGAAUUGAUAUUCCAGAUGUGUUGCGAACACAUAUAUUAUUUUGCUGCUGCUGCUGCUUCUAUUGCCUCUUACAUUCACUGAAGGAGCAAAUAUAAUCCAGAAAGAUGUCUCAGAGCCCAGAAGUCACUGUCCCGAUGGCAGAUUGCAAUACAAAUGGUAUCCAGAAUCAGAAGCCGCUGUCUUCGGACUCAACAAAAGCCAGUACUGUCACCUUUCAUAACAUCUGCUACAGAGUGAAGACAAAGAGUGGAUUUAUAGGUUGUCGAAAAAUAGUUGAAAAAGAAAUUUUGAGAGAUAUCAAUGGAAUAAUGACACCAGGACUGAAUGCAAUUCUGGGGCCAACAGGCAGUGGCAAAUCUUCAUUAUUGGAUAUUUUAGCAGCACGGAAAGAUCCUCAUGGCUUAACUGGGGAUGUUUUCAUCAAUGGUGCCCCCCAGCCUGCCAAUUUUAAAUGCAUUUCUGGAUACGUAGUACAGGAUGAUGUUGUGAUGGGGACUUUGACUGUGAGGGAAAACUUCCAGUUCUCAGCUGCGCUCAGACUACCAAAGACAGUGAAGGCUCAUGAAAAGGAGGAGAGGAUCAAUGAGAUCCUCAAGGAGCUGGGACUGACAAAAGUGGCAGAUUCAAAGGUUGGAACACAGUUCAUUCGUGGUAUAUCAGGAGGAGAGAGGAAAAGAACCAAUAUUGGAAUGGAGCUCAUUACUGACCCAGCCAUCUUAUUCUUAGACGAGCCAACCACUGGCCUUGAUGCCAGCACAGCCAAUGCCGUAUUGCUACUCUUGAAAAGGAUGUCUAACCAAGGGAAAACAAUUAUCUUUUCCAUCCACCAACCACGCUACUCCAUCUUCAGAUUGUUUGAUAAUCUGACCCUGCUGGCUGCAGGAAGACUUUUGUAUCAUGGACCUGCUCAGAAUACAUUAGAAUACUUCAAGACCAUUGGUUAUGAGUGUGAACCAUACAAUAACCCCGCUGACUUUUUCCUGGAUAUCAUUAAUGGAGACUCAACAGCUGUGGCUUCUCACAAGCCUGAUGCAACUGAAAUAGUUAGUAUUCACGAUCAGACACUGGCAAACACAUUGGCAGAGAAGUAUUCCAGUUGUUCUUACAGUCAAGAAACCAAAGCAGAAUUGGAAAAGCUAUCUUCAAGGGGUCAAACCAAAGGGAUCACUUUCCCCAAAAUCACCUAUUCCACUUCCUUCUUUCACCAGCUGAAGUGGGUCUCCAAACGGAUGUUCAAAAAUUUAAUAGGUAAUCCUCAAGCCUCCAUAGCCCAGUUAUUGGUUACGGCUUUCCUGGGAUUAGUUGUAGGUGCCAUAUUCUUUGGUGUAACAAAUGAUGCUAAAGGUCUGCAGAAUAGAAUUGGUGCCAUGUUCUUUAUGACCACUAAUCAGUGUUUCAGCAGCAUCUCAGCUAUUGAACUCUUUGUGGUGGAGAAGAAAAUAUUUAUACAUGAAUAUAUCAGUGGAUACUACCGAAUUUCUGUAUACUUCUUCUCAAAACUAAUGACUGAUUUAAUACCCAUGAGGACCUUACCAAGCAUCAUUUUCACCUGCAUUGUUUAUUUCAUGCUAGGUCUGAAACCAACCGUAGAGGCUUUCUUUAUAAUGAUGUUUACUCUGAUGAUGGUGUCAUAUACUGCCACUUCUAUGGCACUUGCUAUUGCCACAGGACACAGUGUGGUUGCUGUCGCCAAUCUUCUCAUGACUAUCAGCUUUGUUUUUAUGAUUAUUUUCUCUGGGUUAUUGGUAAAUCUCACCAGUAUUCUGUCAUGGCUUUCUUGGCUCCAGUACUUCAGCAUUCCUCGAUAUGGCAUGACAGCACUGCAGAUUAAUGAAUUUACUGGUCUUGAGUUCUGCAAUUUUAAUUCAAAUAGAAAUUGGAGCAGCUCCAAUUGUACGGAAGUUAGCGCCAUUCAGCCGUGCACUGGAGAACAAUAUCUAGAAAGCCAAGGGAUCAAUGCAACCACGUGGGGGUUAUGGCAGAACCAUGUGGCAUUGGCUUGCAUGACCAUCAUUUUCCUUACUAUUGCUUACUUGAAGCUACAUUUCAUGAAAAAGUUCUCUUAAAUCAAUGAUGUUGUCAAGUGUCCAGUCCAGUUAGUCCGAUUCAGAAUAACAAACAGGAGAAUGAGAAAAUAGACUAUUGUUCUGCUGAUUGUAAUCUUCCGAUCUUGAUUGAACAUCUCAUCAUCAAGAAAAGCCUCAACCUUCUGCCAAGAUAUUUGCCUUUAUGGUACCCUCAGAUAUUAUUUGAUUGUGUAUCAAUAUAUCAAAAAGUCUGAAAAGUAUUGUCAAUUAUUUCCUGCUUACCAGUAUAGAGACUUAGCAUUUAGAUAGCAUUUAUUUUAUUUAUGUUCUAAAUGUGUAUCUGCAUACUCCUGGCAUACUCAGCCCAUGGUGAUUCACAACAUUAAACAACAAUACAAUUAUAUUUAAAUGAAUUGACCCAUCAAUAAAUAACAAUAAAAGCAAUCAUAUCACAAAUAAAAUUAGCUAUUGAUACAGACAUAAGUGAUGCUUUGUGUGAGAUGGGUGGCUAUAUAAAUGUGACAUAUAAACUAACUAACUUCAGGAAAGGAAUGCCAGCUGGUAAAGAUAGGUUUUAUUACUUUUUAAACAAUCAAAUGUGUGUUUAAUUCUCCCCCAGAUACUGAAGGGUUAUAAAAUGCUUAAUUCCAGAUUAAUCAUAUUUCUCAACAUACAGGAGAGCAGGUGAUUCAUGGUUUGAAGUGUAAUCAUGAAGUGUAACCAGGCCCUUUGAGGUAAUCCAGGUCAGGUAACAGACACCACAAGAAAUACUAGAACUCUACUCUAUUGAUAUAGGCUAUAACAACACUGAAAGCCUGACAGCAAUUCUCUUUCCCUCUCUUUCAUAUCAGAGAGACUCUAAGUGAGGCAAUCUUGAGUUUCUUUCUCACACCUUCCUGUUUUCCUGGGCUGAGUUCAUGUUUUCCUAACAAUUGCAAUAUAUUUUCUUCAAGGCUAUCUCCAUACUUCUGUACAGUUGUAUAAAGGUUAACUUAAAUAACAAAUCAUAUUCUUUAUUACAGGUCAGUGACCCAGACUAAAUAAGACUUGCUAAAUAAAACCUACAGCAUACAACCUGCAUAACAGAACAUAUAAAAUAAAAUAAGGCAUGCAAGGUUAAAAAAAAAUGACAACCGUGCUUGCAUUAUUUUGCUAUCAACAAUAUGCAAGUUUUAUUGGCUGUCAUAUAAGUAUGGAAACAUGACAUUUUCAGUUUAUUUACAGGCUACAGAAGUUUCUACUACAGCCAUUGUUAUGGAUAGUACUUUGUGUGCAGUGCUUAGAAUGAGAAUUAGCCCUCUACACAUCCAACCUGUGUACCCUGUGAAUAUAUCGGAGAACAUUGAUACAAAAAUGUGCAUAUUAUGUUGGAACAAUAAUCAGUGGCUUCCAAUUCAAAUGAGCAUAUUAUCCACAAAUACAGCAUGAAAGUUUUAUUCCACUCCAUUAUUGCAUUUAAGCAAUAAUCUAUUUCAUGCAGUAUUUUCUCCCAUAUCUUUUUGGAAGCUAGUCAUUGAAUUAGCUUACUUUAAAUUUAGGACUGAUGAUAUGGGCCUCAGAUGAAUGGAAAAGCUCUGUGUUUGAAUUAUAAUCAAAAAGUUAAGGAAUACUUGCUUUAUUUCAAAAUAUAUUAAGGAUGUCCAACACUGAUGUCGAAAUGGCAGGUACGACUGGGUGAUCAAAGCCCUGCCAUGUGUGUGAUGCAUAUAUUGCAUGUAAAAAAAUAAUAAAAAUAAAAAUCACACCUGCCAUUCUGAUAUUAUUGACUGUCUGGCAGAUACUCCUGUCUCACAUCAACAUUGAUAUAAAGAGAUGAUUAAAAAUGACUUCAUGGAUAGGUAAAAGAUAAAUGUAAAAAUGAAUAUUGCUUUAAGACUGGGAUAUGUACUGAAAUGGAGUCCUAUGUCAAUACCUUUAUAUAUUUUUAGCAUUUGGGAAGACAAACCUCCUAUUUGUCUUUGUCCAGUUAAUGGGCUUCAUAUAAUGAGAGUUUUAACUUCCCCAAUCACUGAGCAUGUAUUUUGCCUUCUUUCUUCUUUGUGGAACUUAAAAGUGAGGAAAUCAAAAUUAUGUGACUGUGUUAACCCUUUAAUACCUUGGUAGGGUCUUGGUUCUUUCUUCUGGCCAAAAUUCAGUUGUAUUUUCAACACUGAAGGCUGCAAGGCAUACUGUAUAAAGAAGUAUGAUGUUGAUCCUUAUUCCCAUGAUACAUUUAUACUUUAGGGUUAAUCCUACUUUACAAAUGUAUAGAUAUAGAUACAAAUAUAUUUUCAGGGGCUAAUAAUACUGCACUUUAGUUCAGCUUACUGCCAAUGAAGUUU